AUGCCAACCGAAAUCACCAACGCCACGGGUGCCGAGCUGACCUAUCUCGCACACCACGCUAUCUUCCAGGACAUCCUGUACAGAGAACUAAAGACUAUCAGAGAGGGAAAUAUCACCACUCCAGGUCGUCGCAUAGAGGCCCUUGAUGUAAUUGCUGGUCUCAUUGAAGAGGUACCUAUCAUACAACGAAAUGGGUUUAACAUGCAGAGGAAUAUGCCGCAGUGUCUAACAGUAACAGAAAAGCCCGCAGAAUACUUUGCUAUUCGGUUCUCCUUGUUCGAGCAAGCGAUGGACUUUUUGGUUGAUGAUUUAAUCGGUAUUCGCCAUGACCUUCGCACCGAGCGAGAUGGCGAAAUGAACCACCACUAUAGGGUUUUGAGAAGGGUGAAGGAGCUAAUUUAG